UGUGAAAGGCCUGACACAUAGGCCUUUACAAAGAAGAACACUUACAAUAACACAUAGAACGAAGAACAAUGUCUCACAACAGACGAGAAGUCAGGCUUCUUGCGCUCCUUGCUGUCCUCGCACUAUUUACGCAUCAUGUAGCUGCUGUAAAAGUUACUGUAAUGCCUGGGCAUACAGAGUGUAUGGGCGAGACAGUUGAUGCAGAGCACUUCCAGAUUCCUGGUGGCCCGCGGGUGGAUGGGAGAGUGCUCAUUAGCGGCAAUAGUCACUAUUAUGUGCCAUUCGUCACCAUCCGGGUUCUGAGCCCCACCGGCGACCAGCUGUGGCAGCAGCAGCACGUGUACUCGGAGACGCACUUCAACGUGGGCGCACGCGGACCCGGCACCUACAAAGUCUGCUUCUACAACCCGUGGGAGUCCCGCACGGAGGCCAUUGUGGACCUGGUCUACUUCACGCUGGCGCACCUGCGGAGGGGCGCGGGGGGCGCCAUCAACAUUCCCAAGGGCACGCAGGAGCACAGAAGCAAGGAGGUGGCCAGCCAGGACCACAUGGAGGACGUGCGGCGCACCAUCCUGGGCAUGAGCGAGUUCAUGGAGGUCAUCCGGGGCAGCCAGACCUACCUGCACAGGAAGCUGGAGAGGCACCAGCAGACCAUGGAGAGCAACAAGCGGCGCACCCUGUUCUACACGGGGAUCGAGGUCGGCGCGCUUAUCCUUGUGGGCCUGACCCAGGUGCUGGUGGUGAUGGGGUUCUUCAAGCCGGGCAAGAGCACCAAGGCCUCCGUGUGAGGCUCCACCAUGGGGGGGCAGAGGAAGGGAGGGAGCGGGGGGUAACAGAGGAGGAACUAACAAGCUAGCCGUGUGACAUGUGGGCUGCACUGUGGGAGGGGGUGCAGGGGAAAGCAGCAAGGAAGCAGGCAGCCUGCUUCCUUGAAUAAAGGGUGGAGGCAGAGCGGGCUGAUUGACGAGUUUGGCGGGCAAUGCAAUGUAGGUGGAGAGGAGGAAUCAAGGGUACGGAUAGGUAGUAGGAUACAAUUGACGGUGAUACUCCUGCACCGCGAUUCGGCGAUCGGCGUACGUUUAUUGUGUAACAAGAGAGGAUGA